UACGUUCGUCAGCGGGAAAUCAACAUGGCUCCUUACAGGUGUUAAAGUCGAAUCAAGAACGAUUUGUAUGAUCAAUCCUUGCUAAUCUUGUCGAUUAUAGAGCAGAUAUACAUCUCCUUUGUGGGCUGAGGACAGACCUGAACCAUGUUUCUCUAUGCACUAACUCUUCAGCGAGCCACAGGCAUCGUCCAGUGCAUACAUGGAAACUUUGCUGGCACCAAGCAACAAGAGUUGGUGGUCGGACGGGGUAAACUCCUGGAGUUGAUCAAGAUAGAUCCCAACACUGGCAAGCUCUACACUGUACUAAGUCAUGAGAUAUUUGGGAUCAUCAGGACAUUAAUGCCUUUCAGGCUAACAGGAGGAAGUAAAGAUUUCAUAGUUGUUGGAUCAGACUCUGGACGUAUCAUCAUCCUUGAAUACAAUGCUGCUAAAAACUGCCUUGAACGGGUCCAUCAAGAGACAUUUGGUAAAAGUGGGUGUCGGCGUAUUGUACCCGGUCAGUUCCUGGCUGUAGACCCGAAGGGGCGUGCCGUCAUGGUGGGUGCGUUGGAGAAGCAGAAGCUAGUAUACAUCCUGAACAGAGAUGCACAGGCUAGGCUGACUAUCUCAUCCCCUUUGGAAGCCCACAAAUCGAAUACCUUCUCAUUCCACAUUGUUGGGGUUGAUGUUGGCUUUGAGAACCCCAUGUUUGCCUGCUUGGAGAUUGACUAUGAAGAUGCUGAUAGUGAUCCUACAGGGGAAGCGGCCCUGGCAACCCAACAACUACUUACCUAUUAUGAACUGGACCUGGGGCUCAACCAUGUGGUUAGAAAAUACAGUGAACCAUUAGAGGAAUAUGGAAACUUACUUAUUGCAGUACCCGGAGGGAGUGAUGGUCCUAGUGGUGUAUUGAUCUGUUCUGAGAACUACAUCACUUACAAGAACUUGGGAGAUCAACCAGAUAUCAGGAUGCCGAUUCCACGCAGAAGGAAUGACUUGGAUGAUCCUGAAAGGGGUAUGAUAUUUGUUUGCAGUGCGACCCACAAAACAAAGUCCAUGUUUUUCUUCUUGGCCCAAACUGAGCAAGGUGACAUCUUCAAGAUCACGUUAGAGACAGAUGACGACAUGGUGACAGAGAUACGCAUGAAGUACUUUGACACUGUUCCAGUUGCAACUUCCAUGAAUGUCCUAAAGACAGGCUUCCUCUUCAUUGCAUCAGAAUAUGGCAAUCACUACCUGUAUCAGAUUGCCCAUCUUGGAGAUGACGAUGAUGAGCCUGAAUUCAGCAGUGCUACACCCCUUGAGGAAGGGGAUACCUUCUUCUUUGCACCUCGUACCCUCAGAAACCUUGAAGAGGUGGACCAGUUGGAAAGCCUUUCUCCUAUUCUUGCUUGUCAGAUUGCAGACUUAGCCAGUGAAGACACUCCUCAGCUCUAUGUAGCGUGUGGUAGAGGACCAAGGUCAUCCAUGAGAGUUCUAAGGCAUGGAUUAGAGGUAUCUGAAAUGGCUGUAUCAGAACUUCCUGGUAACCCCAAUGCUGUAUGGACUGUCAAGAAGAAAUCAGAUGAUGAGUAUGAUGCUUACAUCAUUGUGUCUUUCGUCAAUGCCACCCUGGUUCUCUCCAUCGGUGAGACGGUAGAAGAAGUGACAGAUUCUGGUUUCUUGGGUACCACACCGACCCUCUCAUCAUCACUUAUAGGAGAUGAUGCACUCUUACAGAUCUACCCAGAUGGUAUACGUCACAUCCGUGCAGACAAGCGUGUUAAUGAAUGGAAGACCCCUGGUAAGAAGUCCAUUGUUAAGUGUGCUGUUAACCAGAGACAAGUAGUCAUUGCACUGACAGGUGGAGAACUAGUCUACUUUGAAAUGGAUCCAACAGGUCAGCUGAAUGAAUACACUGAGAGGAAGGAGAUGAAUGUUGAUGUGAAAUGCAUGAGCCUUGCCACUGUGCCCUCGGGUGAACAACGAGCAAGGUUCUUAGCUGUAGGUCUUGAUGACAACACCGUACGCAUCAUCUCUCUAGACCAAUCAGACUGUCUUCAACCUCUGAGUAUGCAAGCUCUACCAGCCCCUGCAGAAGCUCUAUGUAUCAUUGAGAUGGGAGGUACUGAAGCCAGGGAAGAUACUGGUGAGAGGGGUAGCUCAGGGGGACUCUUCCUCAACAUUGGUCUCCAGAAUGGUGUAUUACUAAGGAUGGUAUUAGACUCGGUGACUGGAGAUCUUUCAGAUACAAGAACAAGAUACCUUGGUUCAAGACCAGUUAAACUCUUCAGGAUUAACAUGCAAGGAUCAGAAGCUGUUCUUGCUAUGUCAAGUAGAUCUUGGUUGAGUUAUUGGUAUCAGUCUCGGUUUCAUCUCACACCACUGUCGUAUGAAACCUUGGAGUUUGCUUCUGGAUUCGCCUCAGAGCAGUGUCCUGAAGGAAUUGUUGCCAUCUCCACAAACACGCUUAGGAUCUUGGCCUUGGAGAAGCUAGGAGCUGUGUUUAACCAGGUAUCAACGCAACUGAAAUUCACGCCUAGAAAGUUUGCCACUCACCUUGAGAAUAACAACAUUGUUGUGAUAGAAUCAGAUCAUAAUACAUACACAGAUGCUACCAAAGCACAGAGAAAACAACAGAUGGCUGAGGAAAUGGUUGAAGCAGCAGGAGAGGAAGAGAAGGAGCUAGCAGCUGAGAUGGCUGAAGCUUUUCUCCAGGAGGAGUUGCCAGAGUCCACCUUCAGCUCCCCUAAGGCUGGAUCAGGGAUGUGGGCAUCUACGAUCAGGCUUCUUAACCCGGUACAAGGACAGACUCUAGAUAUGGUGGAGCUAGAACAGAAUGAAGCAGCAUUCAGCCUUGCAGUAGUGAAGUUUGCCAAUCGUGAGGAUGAGACACAUGUCUUAGUAGGUACAGCUAAAGAUGUGACAUUGAGUCCCAGGACCUGCUCUGGAGGUGCUAUACAUACAUACCUACUCACAGAAGAAGGAAAGAAACUGGAAUUCCUACACAAGACACUUGUGGACGAUGUACCAUCAGCCAUCGCUUCAUUCCAAGGAAGGGUCCUCAUCGGAAUAGGAAGACUUCUCAGGAUAUAUGAUCUGGGCAAGAAGAAAUUACUCAGAAAAUGUGAAAAUAAGCACAUUCCAAACUUCAUCACAAACAUCAUGACGACCGGUAACCGUAUCAUUGUAAGCGAUGUUCAGGAGAGUCUCCACUUUCUCAAGUAUAAGAGGCAAGAGAAUCAGAUGGUUAUCUUUGCUGAUGAUAGUAACCCUCGAUGGAUAACAGCCACGUGCCUCCUCGACCAUGACACAGUCAUGUGUGCUGAUAAGUUUGGAAACGUCACUGUGCUGAGGUUACCUGCAAGCAUCAAUGACAAUGUAGAUGAAGACCCUACAGGGGUGAAGGCACUCUGGGAUCGUGGUUUGUUAAACGGAGCAUCCCAGAAGACUGACGUCAUCUCAAGUUUCUUCAUUGGUGAGACAGUCCUGUCGUUACAGAAGGCUACUCUCAUUCCUGGAGGAUCAGAAUCUGUUGUCUAUACCACUCUAUCUGGAGCCAUUGGUGUUCUGGUACCAUUCACCUCACAUGAGGACCAUGAUUUCUUUCAGCAUCUUGAAAUGCACAUGAGAUCAGAGUAUGCCCCACUUUGUGGAAGAGACCAUCUCUCCUACAGAUCAUACUACUAUCCUGUCAAGAACGUGAUUGAUGGUGAUCUGUGUGAACAGUACAAUUCUAUGGAUCUAUCCAAGCAGAGGACUGUUGCUGAAGAACUAGAUAGGAAUCCCAGUGAAGUUUCGAAAAAGCUGGAAGACAUCAGAACGAGAUUUGCCUUCUAAGUAUUGGACCUUACUAAAUCUACAGACUCUGAGCAAUUGAAUCAUUGCAAACUUUUAAGUGAACAUUAGAUCUGCCUGUCUGGGAUUCAUAUCUCCAUUAUGUAAAAGCCAUACAACUCUAUCUCCAGUUAGUUCAGCUUUAGCAGUUGUAUGACAGUGAAGGUGAUCCAUAAAGAAGGAUUGAUUUCGAGGUCUGACACCUGCUGACAACAUUUGAAGCCAAUCAUGAUCAGACAGGCCUACGCUAUGUGUCAUCAGUGAUCAAAAGCAUACCUGCCAACUUUUGUUGAGGAAACUUUGGAAUCCACAUCAUGUUACAUGUCCCUGACAAUGAUUUCUUCGCUGUUCUGCCUGAAACACGAGUCAUUGAAGUACUAGGCUGGGUUUGAAGUCUUUGGAGAUGAUGGCCAUGUAACAUUACCCGGCAUAACAGGCUUUGUAGACUUUGAAAGGUCACCA